UUUAGAGGUCAAUGUAGUUUUAAAAUAUUCAUGCAUUAUCGUUCACAAAUACUGAAGCUCUGUUACCAAUCGAAAUAGUCGGAAGUAUACAACACACGAUGGACCAAAAAGCCCCCAUGCCUCCUCCGUACCCGUCGGAAUUUCAAAUGCCACAACCCAACGUCCAACCGGUGACCACACAGCCCCAGUACAUUCCAGUGCCAUCGUCCUUCCAACCGUCGGCUGGCAUGUGUCCACUCUGUCAGCAGCAGUGCAUCACCAAUGUUGAAUUUCACACUGGCGUCAUGACCUGGAGUCUCUGCGUAGUCAUUUCUGUUUUCGGCGGAAUUUUUGGGUGCUGUCUCAUACCGUUCUGUUGCGACAGCUGCAAGGACGCAACGCACUCUUGUCCACGGUGCGGAUCGAUAAUCACCACGGUGAAACGUUGCUGAAUGCCUCUGCAGAAUGCGAAAUUUUGUACCACAAGAAGAAUGCGCCUAUCAAUGCCUAUAACUCUUUUGUACAACACACAAGCACUUGAUUUUUCCUACUUUUACUACUGGAUGUUAUGGAGAGAUGGACGAAAGUCAUUUACGCACAUACAGCAAAAAGAACAUUUUU